AUGGACCCAAUGCUCAACCCGGUAAAGGAGGAGAGCCAUGGGGAGGGAGGAGAUUUGCUGGCAGGUGCGGAGGAGGCCGGGGACGGGCCGUCCACUGCGGUCGCCGCGGCGCCGAGGCCGAUGGAGGGUCUGCAUGACCCUGGGCCGCCGCCAUUCCUCACCAAGACGUAUGACAUGGUCGACGACCCGGCCACCGACCCGAUCGUGUCGUGGAGCGCCACCAACAACAGCUUCGUGGUGUGGGAUCCGCACGCCUUCGCCACCGUGCUGCUGCCCAGGCACUUCAAGCACAACAACUUCUCUAGCUUCGUCCGGCAGCUCAACACCUAUGGUUUCAGGAAGGUGGAUCCUGAUCGGUGGGAAUUUGCGAAUGAGGGUUUUUUACGGGGACAGAGACGGCUCCUGAAGAACAUUAGGCGUCGAAAACCUCCUGCUCAGAACGCCACAAACCAGCAGUCCCUUGGGCCAUACCUUGAGGUGGGGCACUUUGGAUAUGAUGCAGAGAUUGACACGCUGAAGAGAGACAAGCAGUUAUUGAUGGCAGAAGUGGUGAAGCUAAGGCAGGAGCAGCAGAACACGAAGGCGAAUCUCAAAGCCAUGGAGGAUAGGCUACAAGGGACUGAACAGAAGCAGCAGCAGAUGAUGGCGUUCUUGGCACGUGUCAUGCGGAAUCCUGAAUUCUUAAAGCACCUGGUUUCCCAGAAUGAGAUGAGAAAGGAGCUCCAAGAUGCUAUUUCAAAGAAAAGAAGACGCCGCAUCGAUCAAGGACCUGAAGUUGAUGACUUGGGGGCUGGUAGCAACCUAGAGCAAGGUUCACCAGUCCUAUUUAAUCCCCAGGAUUCGGUUGAAUUCCUUGUCGACGGGAUCCCAACUGAUCUUGAGAGUCCAGCUUUCGAUGGCCAAGGUCUGAUCGAGCCACAGGACAUUGAUAUUGGCAGUACCUCUGAGCAGCAGCAAGACAUGCCCCAGGAUGAUUUGAAUGACAACUUCUGGGAGCAACUGCUAAACGAAGGACUUGGUGAGGAGAACGAUAGCCCUGUUAUCGAGGAUGAUAUGAAUGUGCUGUCUGAGAAGAUGGGCUUUCUCAACUCAGAUGGCCCAACAUCCAGCUAA